UACCCGAAUGUGAGACUUAGGAAUUGGCAACCCCAAGCCAAACUGAUUCACCAUAAUUCUUUGGCAAUCUCGUUCCGAAUUUUUUUCCGACCGUUUGGCUAACUUUGAAAGCCCGGGAGAUUUUGCUAAAGCUUUUUCGCCCACAUCGCUUAGAAGGUUCCGGGCUGUCCGGAUAGCUGAUGCACAUGAGGCCUUAGCAAGGCAGACCCAUGCAGGCAUAUCUUGAUUAUUUUUUUGAUGAUAGGGUGUGAAGUGCUGUGGACAUGUCUUGCAUACAAAUUAUAGGAAUAGUUUGAGCUGUCUUCAAUUGUAUGGAUCGCGCUUUGGUUUUUGGAUUUUGAUUUGCAAGUCAUGUUGGAACAUGUUGGAACUCCGAAAUGAAACCGUGCUUUGAUUCGAAGCAACCUGAUAAGCAACGCUUUUUGUUCUGGGGCUUGAAACGAAGUAAGCCACAGGUGGGCCCAUCACCAAAAGUCUAUACUACACUUGAUUAAUUUGACCAAUUGAGAUGGUAUCCAGCUCAAGGUUGUGGUUUGUAUUUGAACGAUCUGUACACCACAUAUGUCAUGUACAACUGCCGUUGGCCACCUGAGGUAGGGCCCUCUUUGACUGUGUCGCCUCCCAAUCUGAUGUUUUUGCAGUUGGAAGAUGAUUCGGCACCGGAGGAACUUGCCCAUGGGAAUGGAACGCCCGAACUCCAUUGCCAAUGUCUGCAUUCAGGUGCUGGCAAUCCCUUCGUGUGGCAAAAGAGGACUUAUGGCAGCACCUGGCCUGACUUUGAGUUCCACAGACUUGAUGCACCUGUCGAUGCUGGCGCAGGAUAUUCAACAUGUGACCUUCAAAAGAUGGACAAGAGCUGCUCUACUGAUAGCCCUGACUGGAAUGGUGUCAGCAGCUUCACUCGCCAGAUCCAGAAGCAGCAGCGGCGCUUGACAUCGGGUGACAAACAGCUCUUGAAUUGCUACCGAAUUGGAUACGCCUUUGCCAGGAUAUUCCCUGAGCGAUGGCCGUUGUCGGAGAGAUGCUGUGCUCAGCAACACGAGGACUCCAGUCCUGUGCAUUUCAAUGACAAGGCGAUCAGUAAGAUGCACCACACAAAGUCCUACGGCUGGAGCUGUGCUGACGAGGAAGAAGAAGUCCGACCAUGCCUCGGAGCCAACUCAGGUUGGAUUUGUGCCACCUGCAGCCUAUCUGACAAUGCCAAGGAGGCCGAAAGUUUCUGAGUUGCUUUGGGAGCCCGGACUGAGAUCUACUCAAAAGAGUCGCCAUUGCCCGGGUUUGGAGCUGGGCAUAUC